AUGGGCGAUAGCUUGGUGCCUGCGGGAUACUUACCCUCAUACACGGAGAGGAAGAUGAGCGCCAUGGCUUGCGCCGUCUUCAACGAGCUUCGCCUGCAAGGGAAGCUCUGCGACGUGAUCAUCAGCGUGGAUGGUAUCGAAUUCAACGCUCACAAGAACGUCCUCUGUAGCUGCAGUCACUACUUCUGGGCUUUGUUCAUCAGCAACUGGAACACGGCAGAGAAGAUCGUAUACAAAAUUCCCGGCACUUCACCUGAAAUUAUGAGGCUCAUUAUUGAGUACGCCUACACCCAGACAGUACUGGUCACGGCUGAGAACGCUGAAAAGCUGCUCAGUGCCGCCGACCAGUUCAGCAUCAUGGGUAUCGUCAGGCUGUGCUGCGAGUUCUUAAAAUCCGAGAUGUGCUUUGAAAACUGCAUCGGCAUCUACAGACUCACGGAUUAUUACCACUGCCCCGAGCUGCGAGAAGCAGCUUACGUGUUCAUCCUCCACCACUUCGUGGAGAUCGUCAAGGUCUCUGCGGAGUUUCUAGACCUCUCUGCCAACGAGCUGAUGAACAUCAUUGAGAAGGACGAGCUCAACGUGCAGGAAGAACGCCACGUGUUCGAGGCGAUUCUGAAGUGGAUCGCUCACGACCCACAGAAGAGGAGGCAGCACAUCGCGGUUUUGCUGGGCAAGGUUCGACUGGCCCUGAUGAAGACAGACUACUUCAUGAACAACAUCAAAACCCACGAGUAUGUCAAGGACAACAUCAAGUGCAAAAGUCUCAUCAUAAACACCCUGACAGAACUGUACAACCUCAACAUGCGCGGCCCGUCGUGCUCCAAUUCUAGCAACUCUCUCAGCCGGCUUCGCCUGCCCUAUGCCGUCUUGCUCGCUAUCGGGGGCUGGAGCGACGGGAGCCCGACCAACGCCAUCGAGGCGUACGACUGCCGCGGAGACAAGUGGAUGAUGGUCACCUGCAAAGAAAGCCCCUUUGCCUACCAUGGCACUGCUUAUCUAAAAGGCUUUGUCUACGUGAUUGGGGGCUUUGACAGCGUGGAUUAUUUCAACACCGUCAAGCGGUUUGACCCCCUGAAGAAAACGUGGCAGCAGGUCGCACCCAUGCACUCGCGGCGCUGCUACGUCAGCGUCACCGUCCUCAACGGCUUCAUCUACGCCAUGGGAGGGUUUGACGGGUACACACGCCUCAACACCGCGGAACGGUACGAGCCGGAGACGAACCAGUGGACGCUGAUUGCCACCAUGCAUGAGCAGAGAAGCGAUGCCAGCGCGACCACGCUGCACGAAAAGGUUUAUAUAUGCGGCGGGUUCAAUGGAAACGUGUGCUUGAUCACAGCCGAGGUGUACAACGCCACAACAAAUCAAUGGACCUUCAUAGCCCCGAUGCGAAGCAGAAGAAGCGGAGUAGGCGUGAUCGCGUACAGGAACGAGGUGUACGCGGUCGGAGGAUUUGAUGGGAUCAACCGGCUUCAGACCGUGGAAGCUUACAACCCAGCUGUCAACGCAUGGCGCACAGUCCCCACCAUGUUCAACCCCCGCAGCAACUUUGGCAUCGAAGUAUUGGAUGACCUUCUGUUCGUGGUUGGUGGCUUCAACGGGUUUAGUACCACCUUCAACUCCGAGUGUUACGACGAACGCACCAACGAGUGGUACGACGUUGAGAACAUGAGCGUAUACCGUAGCGCUGUGAGCUGCUGCGUGGUGCCAGGCCUGUCUAACAUCAGGGACUACAUUGCCAGCCGCGACCAAUGCGAGGACAACUUUCCAAGGGAAGUCAGGUUCACUUCUUCGACAACGAGCCUGCCUGUCUAA